GAGCUCUGAAAAUGUCAGUGACCAACAAUUCCAAAAUAGCUCGAUGAACGCGUUUGGAGGACAGUUUGCUCUCCGGACUUCCAAAGCUAAACAAAAAUCCAAAUACAACAGGCUUAAUAAAACAGGGUUGACUUGGCCCUGGCACAAAUUUCAGAUAAUCUCAUACAUUUUCUACAUCUUAAACAUUGUAUUAUUUUAUACAGUUGUGAUCCCUUCAUUUGAUAGUGAAAUAAAGAUUACAUUUGGAGUGAUAUACUUUUUACUGGUAGCCCUGACUUGCAUCAUGAGCAUCCUGGCAACUGUGACUAACCCUACAGAUCCUACCGUGCUUAAAGAAAUCCAUUUGCAGCUGAAUAAUCAGAGUUUGAUCCCUGAAAAUGACCAUAACUUCUGAUAUUUCUGCGAAGCACACUGUUCGUUUCACAGCAAGCAUUGUUCGCAAUGAAACAGAUGAAUUUAUAAAUUCGACCAUCACUGAGUCUGGCUUAACAAUUGCAUUGGAGAAAGAAACUACAAGUGGUUCUUCCUAGCAAUAAUCUUACUGUCACUCCAGAUGGGCGUGCAGAGUCUGAUAAAUAUCCUAUCCCUGAUCACGUACAGCAUGAAUAAAGAAAACUACCUUAUUCAGCCAUCAGAGAUCAUGCUUGCUUUGCAGUGAAUUUUAUUAAUUUUUGGGAUAAUUUGAGGAAGCUUAACUAGCCAAUUAUCCAUUUUCCACAUCUGGCUCUGCUACAACAAUCUAUCAACGUUUGAGCUCAUAAAACUCCACAGAGAGUUUGAUGAGGAAGAUGCCAAAAAUGACGCAGAGCAGGGCAAAAAGACAGGUGGAACCACUCAGCAACAAAUCGGAUCAGCUUUCACACCUAAUGUGGAAGAACUAGCCCAUAACAACCAUAAAAGCUCGAUAAAUAAAUAACAUCAUCAGCGAUGAGCACCCAAGAGAUCAGAUUGAGAGGUCUUCUCACAAAAAUCUCAAACGCAAAGGGCUCAAUAUGUCAAGUGACCACUUCAUGAACAUAAAUUCUCUCAAAUAGCAACGGAUCUAAAGACCAAAUUAUUCAAAAUAAAUCAAAGCCGGUACCUAAACUUACAAAAUGCGACAAAUUCAUGAAGGAAAAUUUUAUUUGAUGAUGCUUUUGAUUCAUCCAAAAAGGAUUCCUUAAGAAACGCAACUAUAAUGCCAUUAAGCAAGAUGAAAAGUCACAAAAGAAGGAGCACUUUGAACCAAAGCGGCCUCAAGACUUCUCUGAUUUGGUAGCGAACAAUAUUAAGGAGAAUAGUGAUAACCCAGAUAGUAAUGAGAACAGUGGAUUAUUCCAUCUUCAUGGCCUUAGUAAUCUCCGUAAUUUUGAGAAUAUUGAAGAAGCUAAUGAAGAAAGCUCAAGUACCCCUUCGAAUAAAUAGCAACAAACGACAAGCGCAUACUAGUCUAAUGGAGAAAUUCAGAGAUCCAAAGUCCUCGGCUAGCUCAGAAGAUUUCAAGAGCGAGGUUGUCCAAAUUCCUAAAAUAAUCCGUGACCCGAACGACAAGAUUAUUCAGCAAGUUAUAGAUACUAAGUUUCUUAGUAAUACAGAUGGGAUGAGUCAUAUUAACCACGACUCUGAACUGAUUGACCAAAAUUUUAACAACUCCCAUGCUAUUAUCAGAAGAGAAGCAGAAAUCAGAGUAAUUCGUUCUGAUGUAAGUGGAGAUACCUCAAACCGUCAUCUAAAUAACAGCACUUUUUCUCCAAAGCCACCUCUGAUCGGUAAGAGUACUCGGUCAAGGAACCUUCAGAAUACGAUAAAGGCAUCCCUUGGCUCUAAUGACUCUCGAAAAAUGAACAUUAAUAAAAAUUUUGGUGAAAUGAAAUCGACAGUUGAUAAAACUAUCAACCAAACUAUGAUCAAAAGGAAAUCUAAAGGAAAACUUAACACAAUAGAGCAGAGCACUAUGGAGAAGGGACCUGAACAUGAGGAGCUUUCUGAUUUUGAAACAUUUAGAAACCUCGACUCUUCAGAUGUCGGAAGUGCUUUCAAAACUGGUGGUCUGAACAAAAGGCUUUCAAAACCACAUCAUAAUUGACAAGAAGAAAGCAAAUUUCAAGAAGAGUCUAAAAUCGACCAAAUCCCAAAGGCAAAAAUUAUGGGGUUCUUUGAAACUAACCAGAGCAUGAGCAGGAACAACGGGCUAAAAAAUGUCAGAUCGGAUUCGGUAAAACUAGAGUCCAAAGCAGAGUCUUCCUUUGCUCAUACUAUAAUACAGCCGAUCUUAGAGAACGAAGGUGAGGCUUCGUACUCGCCUGAAUUUGAGUAUGUUAAGACUCAGAAAAAUAAGAGUGAGAGCACAGAGCCUAAUAUACUCCAAUUUACUGAUACACAGCAAUCAAAGCAAGUCCGAACAGCUGGUGAAGAAAGCCUAAACAUCUCUGAUGCCCGGAGAAUCACCACUAAAGUAAAGAAAAAGCAUAAAUUAAGGGAGAAUUUCCUCAAAAGCACUGAAAGAAGAGAUGAUAGCUUGAGUCCAAAGUCUAGAGACCUGUACCAAACCCCUUUCCAAUUAAAUGAGAUGGAUUUCCGUCAGGAUGCUUCCAAAAAGAAGGAAACUGAGGAUGGAGAUAAGAUCUCAGAUGUUGCUAAGACUUUCCGAAAUCUACGAAACCAGCUUAUGAACCAGAACAGGAGCAGGGCUAAGCUAGACCUGAAUAAAAUAAAAUCUCAAAAGACAGAAUCUGACGCUAAACUACAAAACCCUCUUGCUAAAUCUCGCAAUGUGGCUAAUACCAAAAUAAACAGUCAAGAGCUUAGGUCUUCAAUAAAAACUACAAAAGUAUUCACUAAAAAAAAUCGGAAACGUUCGUUACCUGAAGAUGAUGAAGUGAACUCCGCCACAACACUCUAUGUAGAGGCAGUUUCUAACAACAUGGCGAGGACAAAUGGAACUGAGGAGGAGGAAAAGAGGCCUAAAAAUAGUAAAUUCCAAAACCUCUCCCAAAGGAGUGAGGCUGUGUCUAAUGAUUCCUUAACCCUGGACAAGGAUUCAUCAAGGUCUGCCCUCACACGGCCCAAGCGGAAGACAAAUAAGAAGUCCAGAAAGUUGAAGAAAGCCAAGAAGAGAGUAGAGAAAGCUCCACGUCCUGACUACAUUUUCUGUGAGAAUGACGAGGUCCUAAACCAGGAGGAGGAUUUCUCCUUACUCACAGAUAGCAAGGUUCAGGAUCCAAAGAACAUGUAUUCCUACUUCAGACACAACCUUAGUAAAGUAGAAGAGGAGGAAGCAGAUGAAACACUUUUUGAAAUUCACAAUUAAAUUUAUUUUCUCAAUUUAAACUAAA